ACUGGUUGCUUUAAUCCUCUCUCCUCGCUCUCUUGCACACGCUCAAUGGUCCAAUCCGCUCAUGUUUUUCAGACAAGAACCAAUUGGGACAGUGUUGAGAGGCUGAAGAUCACUGGGUGGGGAUACAAGUAAAAAAAAAACAAGGGAAGUGGAUUGUCUUCGAGCAUUGGAGCAUUAUUUUUUUUUGUUUUUCAGUCAUGAGUUCAGACACUCAAAAGGUCGCUGUAUGUAUGAUCAUUAUCUUUCUCCUUUUUGUCAAUGCUUGGCUGCUAUUUGUACUUGCUUUUGGAUAGAGACUGUCAAUACUGGUUUCAAAUCAGAGCGUUCCAAGGUUAAACUGACUGGAUACUUGCCUUUUCGGAGUAUGACUGACUGUGUCCUCCUCUUGUCUUGCACAUGUGCAGCAGGAUCAUCUUUGCAUCAUUGCUCUGGCGUUUCCCUGUAGGGACACAACUGGCAACGGAUUUGUCUGGAAAGAGUAGUUUGGAGCAUAGUGUGUUGACAUGACAAACACAUUUAUGAAUUCAUUAUUUUGUAUUUUAAGACUUGACAGCUCGGUAAAGUCUGUUUUGUAGCUCUAUAUUUUUAUUAUACUCAACGUUUGAUCGUAUUUUGCUGCCAGAUUAUUUUUGUUUUGGUCUCUGUUUAGUUGCGUAGGUUGUUGAGAUUAUGCUUUUAUUUUGAAAGUAAAUGUGCAUCCGGAAAAUAGUCGUCAACUUCAAGGAGGUCUAGGUCAGUGUACGAGUAUAAUGUAUUAUAAUAUAUUUAUACAUCGCGAUAUUUAGUAUGGCUAAUUAAUUAGCUGUCUAAUGCUUUCCGUGAAACUAUCUAAUUGUUAUGCGUUUGCGGCGGUAGAGUAAAGUGUGCACGGACCGGACGGAGGCAAUAAACCGGUAGUAAAUAAAACUAGCUUGACUCUACAUGGUAGCGGCGGGAGGAUAAACUAGCAAAAUAAACACGCAGGUGUUUGCACUCGUGUGCUCUGAAUUUCGUCGGCAGUUAAAUUUUAACGAACAGUAAUCCGAGCGAACAGGUUGUUGCGGCCAUGCCGAGAUUUGUGCUGGGCUAUUUAUAAUAUUUAUAGCCUCACUUCACUUCAGCCGUUAAAGCCGUGUUCAGAAACACCGGGGGACCAGCGCGCGACCUUGGGGGACGUUGCCAUGGAUCUGACACGGUUAGCUGUGGAUGCGGGUCAGUUCAUCAACCGAGCUAUUCAGUUCACCGGUGAGAGCCUGGGUCAGGCGGGGAGGACAGAGCUGUACCCGGGUCUAGAGGAGCUUCUGACCCGAGCUGAAGCCACCAAGACCUGCACGGACAAGAUAAUCUCUCAGACUGAAGUGUUACUGCUGCCUAACCCCGGAGCACGGUUGGAGGAUCGGCUGUAUGAGCAUCUGGAAUGGAGCGUCCCACCAAGACCUCGUGCCAAUGAGCUUCUAGGAAAUGAAAUGACCCAGGCUGGACUAGAGAUUGGAUCCACCACACCCUAUGGAGCCGCUUUGCUCAGGUGUGGAGAAGUUCAGAAGCAGCUCAGCGAUGAAGAGCGGAAGUUUGUCCAAAGCACCAACAUCCACUUUCUCAGCCCUCUGCGGAGUUACACUGAGGGGGAAUAUAGAGCCAUACAAGACGAGCGCAGGAUGUUGCUGAACAGGCGUCUGGACUUGGACAUCGCUAAAUCCAGGCUGAGGAAAGCCCAUGAGGCUGAGCGAGAGGACAGAAGCCUAAAUGCAAACCCACUGGACGAAGACCACAGGUCUCAUGUCUCCUACAUGUUCAGCUUCCUGCGUGUGAAGUGGCUAAAGAUUUGGGCCCAGCAAAUCUCUCAGGCGGAGAUGGAGCUGAGUAUCUGUCAGAGUCUGUUUGAUCGACAGUCAGAAAUUACAAGACGGGCUCUGGAAGGAAUCAGCAACACACACACCAACCACUUGCGGAGCCUGACGGACUUUGUGGAGGCUCAGGCUUGUUACUUUGACCAGUGCAACCAACAUGCACAGGAACUUCAGAAACAGCUGGCAAGUAUUCCAGCAGUGCUGUGCUCUAAUAACUGGCUGUCAGAAGUCGGUCACCAGCCACCAACAAGCAACCAUGUAGUCAAAGAGCGCAGUGGGUCAAAUCAGGUUACUUCACUUCCCCUGGUCGUCCAUCACCUUCCAGAUUUCAACCAGGACUCGUGGACCGUGAAUCCACCGUCCGUAAAUGGAAAGACAACCACAGAUUCCUCGGUGCACACUCAGCUGCUGGACACGACAAAUAACAACAACAACAAUAACAACAACAAUGAAGGCCACUCAAGUGAAAAGAGCAGGUACUUUUCUGCAGCCACCCAAGCUGUUUACGUCUCUACAUCAAAUUCAGACAAUCACACGACAGAUCGGCUCGCAGCUGCUGAAGCCGCAGCUUCAGGCCACGCGGUGGAAAACAGCUCUGCAGCUGCGAUAAGCAAUGACGCGGGUCAUAAAAUGACAACGCCGUCCCCUCGACCUUCACAACCGAGCGCAACUCUGACUGAAUCUCAGAUGGAAAACGCAGUGUCUAGUGAAACCAUGGCAACCAGUGCAGUGGCUGAUAAGCUCCAAGCGUCUAUUGAAACGGCAAACGAGCAGCUCGUUAUUAAUGAAGAAGACGUGCAGGAGUCGCAGUCAGACAGAGACUUUCACAGGGAUGUAGCAGAAUAACACUCGUGGUUAUUGAUAAAGUAGAACAAUAGACUGUAUAUUAAAAUGGAAAAAGUCUUCCGGUUGCAAAACAAACUCCUGUUUUGAAGCCUCAGGAUUUGCGAUUUGAAUGUGAAUUUUUUUUUAGUUAAACAUCACCUUAAAGCAAGCAACUAUACCAACUUUACUAUUUUCCCCACCCAAAUUAGAACGUAAAGAAGACCUGAAACUAGCGACGGAGACCACGAACUCCUCAGGAAAAUGUCUAUAAAUCAAGUGAGAAGCUCCUUUUCCCUAUAGACUUUCACCCCCUGGUGGCUAAUUGCGAACUUACUUUACAAACCUGAAGACCAUGUCCAAUUUGUUUUCCAUUUUUAUACACAGUCUACGAGUAGAACUGAUAAUACUGACUCCAGAGGAAUAGAGCAAAUAUAGAAACUAACUCAUCUCAUAGGGGGAGAUGUUGCAAAGUGGUUGUUAACGUGCUUUUUUUUUUUUAACGUGAUUAUAGUGCCACAUUAAUAAUUGUAGCUUUUAGGAUUGUUCAUCGUAUUAAUGUCUGAAACAGAUCGGACAUGUACUGUGGCAGUGCCACUCGUUAUCCGUGAACUUGACUUUAUAUUUUUUAACAUUAUGCAAGGUGAAAAAGUAACUCAUUUACAAAGGAAAACGUACUCAGUCUUUGUGCCAAGUAAGUGUUUGUUGCGGUGAAUACAUGAAUUCACGUGUCGGUGUCACAUCUCACUCCUAACACCUUUUUAGAAAGUAACGUGUGUGUGUGUGUGUGUGACUACUAGUUGAGAUCAUUUUCCACACGAGAAAAAAAACAUGUCACUUGUGCGUGUUGUGGAGUGCAGCGAGGUGACGAAACACCAGGCUGAACCGGGUCUUUAUGCUGCAGCGUGGUGCAUAAAUGUUCCUCCUCAUUCCCUCUCUGGGUGUUUCCCCCUCCUGACACAUGUUCAUAUCAACUCACUCUUACCCUUUUACCCCCUGAAAGCUCCCAUUAAACCAAACGGGUAGAAGUUUCCAUGUCCAUAUGUUGUUAAUUUUCUUUGCGAGGGGCAGCACUGCUCCACUGUGGUGUGGAUUCACUCUGGGGAGCCUGGAUGGAAACAUGAAUGAAUGUAGCACUGGCCCUGUAUGGACGUAAUCACUUCACCUCUCUAUGCUCCGUGCGUGCGUUUGUCCGAAUGUGUCCAAAGAUGUGUGCGCGAGUCCGUGGUGUUGCCGUAUUCACGUCCGGUGUUUGUUGUGCUGCUGAUGUCAGUGUGAGGUUAGAGUUUUCAAUGUCCCGUGUGCCAAAAGUGACGUCAAGUCCGUGUGAUUCUGACUUUGUUCUGCAGCGGCGGAGGUGUUUCUCUAAUGUCCUUGAUGAAAUCUGCAGCCUGUCUUAUUCACCGACCAUCAAAAAAUAAACGCCUCAUUUAACCCACAUUCCAAAACUGACUCUUCACAACUUAAGAGGUUUUUAACGGAGGGAAAUCAGGAGAUUGAGGAAACGUGUUAAAUUGAAAUAUUGCCUUCCCUGACAACAAUGGAAUAUGGAUUUUCAUUUGUGCGCCACAUACUCUGUUUAUGUUUUUGUUCGAUGCACUGCCCAUCCAAUAAUGAACUCGCUGGCACUUCCGCGCCUGCAGAGUUACUCCAAACUGCAAACUGCUGCUACACUAGGGGUCGAAAAUACAAUACUGAAGUUGAAGUCGGGUUGGUGAGGAUCUUUUUCUCCUGGACAGGGAAGCAAAACAGCCAAAAAUUCACUAACGCUCUCUUCUUCUUCUCUCUUUCACUCUCAUACACAUCGACGGUGGUGGUGCUGCUCUGACUCUUUUACCCGCUACUGUCGCUGAUGCGCGAAUAAAAACAAAAUAUGAAUACGGUAUUAAUAAGAACAGACACUUGCUGUAUGUAUUUGUGGAUGAAGACGACUUGACACCAGGUAAUCUGUCGAUUAUUUUCUCGAUUAAUCGUGUGGUCCAUAAAAUAUAAGAAAAACCUUAAAAAAAAGAAAUGAUCAUGUUCUCAAAUGUCUUGUUUUGUCCACAAACCAAAAUGAUGAACGUUUAAUGAUGUCUUUGUUAUCCAGAGCGAAGAAAUGAAGGAAAUACUCACAUUGCAGAAGCUUAAACAAUCGGAAAUCUUGUUUUAAUCAUGAAAAAAGCUUCAAAGCGAUAAAUCGAUUAUCAAAAUAGCUGUCGAUUAAUUUAGUAAUCGAUUAAGACUCGAUUCAUUGUUUCAGCUCUAUCUCAUUGUUUCUAGUUCCAGUUUCUAGUUGAAUUUCACAUCACACCUCUAAUGUGGUGUAAUGCUUGGCACGCUUCCCUUUUUAUUAAUUGUGUUAACCACAGAACUCAAUAUUUAUGUCACGACUCUAGAAACACUUGCAUGU